CAAAUACAACCAUUUCUUAUGAUUUCGCGUUUCCAUGAAUCACUUGACAAAAACAAAGUAUUGUCUCGACAAUGCAAAAAACGUCGCUUUAAUAGAAAUAGAAUAGAAAAUGUCACUGUAUAUCAGUCACACGUGUUUCAUAGGCUUCGGGUGAAAAUAAACGCACAAAAACAGUGUGCCAAGAUUGCGAUUCAGUUCCCAAGGUCUUUUUCUUCCAGUGUCUCAGUCGAGUGUAUCUAACCUUGGUGAGCGAGACGAGCAGUUGCUACAGGCCUGACGUGGCUUGCAAAGCUGCACACCCAUAGGACAGGAAUACUAAAACGACCCGCCAAGCCAGACCCCCAAGUUUUCUGAAACUAUAGCCUUGUGGGCAAUUAUGCCUAUAUGUAAAUGUAUUGAACUAAGAACAUUUAAUCUAAAAGUUAGUGCUAUUAAUAUAAGUACAUGUUAUGCAUUUAUACGUCGUGAACAUGCUAUUUUUAUUGUAGUGCUGAUGGUUUUUAAAUAUCCCAUCUAGGUAACAGUCAUGCCAGAGGUGUAGCCUAAUUUAUAGCGUUGCCUUUCACGCGCUCAAUUCUCAUCACAACUAAAAGCGCAUAGUCUCCAAGGAGAUUUAUCGACGGGACUAAGGAUACAUUUCUCUUAACUUCCAACAGCAAUCCAAUGUCGAAUAUGUCAAGUGAAAGUAGUCCAGCUGUACCUAGUUGUAAAGAACCAGAAGUAGUACUUACUAUUUUACAUUUCAACGAUGUGUACGAAAUAGAGGCUAGAUCUGAGGAACCUGUUGGCGGCGCUGCGAGGUUUGCCACUGCUAUGAAAGAAUUCCAGGCAUUGAAUCCAUUUGUAGUUUUCAGUGGUGACUGUCUGAACCCUUCCAUACUUAGUACAAUCACAAAAGGAAAGCACAUGGUUGAUAUUCUCAAUAAAUUAGGAGUCCAUUGCGCUGUGUAUGGCAACCAUGAGUUUGAUUUUGGAGUGGAUGUCUUGGAGGAGCUGACUCCACAGAUGACCUUCCCCUGGUUUCUCAGCAAUGUCUAUGACAGGUUUACCAAUAAAACCCUGGGGCACGGUUUGGUGAGCAAUAUCCUGGAGUGGAAUGGUCAGAAAAUUGGCCUUAUGGGUCUAGUGGAGGAGGAUUGGCUGGAGACUCUGGGAACUGUAGACAGAAACAACAUCAUCUAUGUUGACUACGUAGAGACUGCCAAUGCUCUUUCUGCAGAACUCAGAGAGCAGGGAGCCAAACUGGUCAUUGCGCUUACACACAUGAGAUGGCAUAAUGACAUCAGGUUGGCGUCAGAAUCCAGGGGUCUGGAUCUCAUUCUAGGGGGCCAUGAUCAUGAGUAUGGAGUUCUGGAGGUGAAUGGGAUACUGAUAGUAAAAAGUGGUUCUGAGUUUAGAUAUAUGUCAAAAAUUGAUGUUGUCAGGGACCAAGACAUGACUUUUAAAUAUAGCUGCCAUAAGAUCUCAACCAUGAAACACCUGGAGGAAGACAAUGAGAUCAAGCAGAUUGUGAAUGGAUACACCAACAACAUUCAGCAUGUGCUAGGAGAGGUCAUCUGUCACAUGGACAUUGAACUAGAUGGACGCUGUGCCACAGUGAGGCGAGGGGAGUGCAACAUAGGAAAUCUCAUCACCAAUGCUAUGCUGGAGGCCACCCAUGCUGAGGUGGCCCUUCUCAACUCAGGUACUCUGCGGUCAGACCGUAUUCACCCAACUGGGCCCCUGACUAUGCGUGACCUGCUACAGAUCCUACCCAUCAAAGACCUAGUGUUGGUGGUGGAGGCCACCGGACAGCAGUUGUAUGAGGGCUUGGAGAACGGGGUUAGGAACUACCCAGAACUGGAUGGCAGAUUUCUACAGGUUGCGGGGAUACAAUUUGGCUUUGAUCCAAAUAAAAAACCAGGAGCGAGGGUCAUUGCUAAAACAGUUAAAGUUCAAGGGAAGAGUUUGGAUAAAACGAGGAGGUACUUGGUGGCAAUGAAAGAAUACCUAACAAAGGGCAAAGAUGGCUAUACGAUGUUCCAAGGCUGCCCUCUGAGCUUUGACAUUGAGAAUGCCCAAAUCCUCUCCACCAUCCUAGUCAACCACUUUGAGUCAGGCAUGAUAGUCAGAGGACUGAAGACCUGCAGGUCUGGUCAUAGAAUGGGUCUUAUCAAGGUCUCUGACAGCCCUUCAGUGUCCGCCAUUGAGAAAAGUGUGAACGAAAAGCUCCUGGGAGAAGCCGUGGCUGUGGCUGUGGUACCUGGAGUGGAGGGUAGAAUAUACCACAUCUUCACUGAGAGCCAAUCAGAAACUGAAGCUGAGGGCUGAAACAAAGAAGGUUUCUGCUUGUUGCUGUUCCAAAUUGGAACUAUUUAGAAAUCACCUUUAAACCCAGGAACAGCACAUCAAAUGUUCUUGGCCUGGGUAACGUCUCACAGGGGGUUUGGGAGGCUGGUAUUUAAACACAGAGGACUGUCGAUAACAUUAUAAUUCUAAUGUGUUUCGAUUGUAUUGGUAUUAUUACUUGAGUUCAUGAUAAAUACUACCUCAGCAAAGAUGUAAGAAGGACAGAGUGCACAAAAGAAAAGAGCUCAUUAUUUUUGCUUUAUUGUGAGUUUCAGCUGAAAUCCUUAAACAUACUGGUAUUGAACCCAAAAUUACUAUGAACACUCGUAUUCUGUGUUGUUGUGAAUACAGUACCAUCAUCUGUGAAGCACACUGGUUUGGCUACGUUGUUAAAAUCUUCCUCAGAAAUAAAAAAUGUAAUCACCCAGGUUCGUUACGAUGUAAAAUCUCAACAUUGUCUUUCAAGUUUUUGGGGUACACUGUAUAUACGUACAUGACGUGUAUCUGUAAAUACAAUAAUGUAGUAAUACAAUUUGAAGAGUAUUUCAAGCUGUCUAAUUGUAAAGACUACACAUGUAGACUUUAAUCAAACUACACAACAUAAACAGAAGAGCUAGUCAAGCAUGAAAGAGCAUGAUUUGGAUCAACGAUCAACAUCAAAGAUGCACUACUGAGAAACAAAUUAGAACUGUAUUUGGUUAAUAAGGCAUUUGAGGAAAUAACUUUCCUUUUGAAUAGGAUAUUUAGAUUUUAAAAAGUUUCACUGUUGAAAUUAAAUGCUGUAAGAAAUUAAGGGUUUAGAGUUUGUAAAAUAUUAACAAAUCACCCAUUACAUAACCUAAAUAAGUACAGUCUAUGACUAACAGAGAUGGCAGUCUUGGACAUUUCCAGAAAAUAGAAAUAGUUUAAAAGAACUACGCUAUAUGUCUUUUAAUCCACCCAUCUUUCCAUUCAUCUAUCCAUUCAUUAAUCGAUCCAGUUAUUCAUCCAUCCUGCCAAUGUCUUCAAAAUGAGGGGAAGAAGAAGUAGCAGAGGAAGCAAAAUAUAAAGAAGCCGAUGACCCAGUUGACUGAAUAGAUGUAAAUGAUCACCAUGUCCAUGUCGAAGCGCCAGCCCCGAGAAUCGUCCUCAAAGUCCAUGGCGUCUAGGCGGUAACCUCCAUGGGGAAAUUGACGCCUGGCAAUGGGGCUAGCAGGUCU